GUAGUCGUUCGCCAAAAAAAAAAAAAGUUUUCGCGUGAAGCCCAACCUGCUGAAUGAAAAAUGUCUCAUUCCAACAGAUGACAAAAGGAGAUGUUAGUGGACUAGAUAUGAACCUGAAGUCUGUGCGGACCAGUAGAUGCACGUCGGAGAGGAAUGUGCUAGAUAUACGGCUGAAAAAUGAUGGAGACAUCAGGAUGAUUUAUUUGGUUACUGAGCUGUGCAAAGGGGGUGAUCUGAGGGAGCUGUUGCAGCGGAAAAAGUUCUUCACAGAGGACGAGACGAGGGAUAUAAUCUGUAGUUUAGCUGAUGCUGUUGUGCACCUUCAUAAAAGAGAUAUUGUACACAGGGACUUGAAACUUGAGAACAUUCUUGUGAAAAAUUCUCCUGAUAAGGAUGGUGACAAAAUCGAUGUCAAGGUGGCAGACUUUGGAUUAUCGGUGAAGACAGGUGGUGUCGGGAUCGAAAACAUAAUGACACACGCCUGUGGGACCCUUAUCUAUAUGGCCCCUGAAAUGAUGAGCGGUCGAGGUUAUACCCAGUGGUGCGACGUGUGGAGCAUAGGAGUCAUUAUGUAUAUGUUACUGUGUGGAGAACCUCCAUUUGUCUCCAAAACAAGGAAAAACCUACUUAAGAAGAUAAUGAACACUGGAGUCAAAUUUUCUCAACCCAUCUGGGCCUCAGUCAGUGAUGCAGCUAAAAAUCUUUUGACUUGCCUACUGAAGGUGGACCCCGCAUACCGAAUGUCUGCUAAUCAGCUACUAGAGAACCCCUGGAUUACAGGUGACUCUACUAUGCCUGUUGUACCACCCAAUGUGCUGGAGAUGAUGCGUCAGUACCUGGAGCAGGAAGAAAGAAAUAAGACUUCAGAAGUUUCACCCUUCAUCACUUCUGAGGCAAACCUGGACUCAGUCCCGGUCCACCCGGCAUUUUCAGCAGAAACUAACAGCAACUGCAUGAGACACAGCAGCUCUGACAUAUCUUCCACAUCCACUAAACUGGACGGUGGAAUAAAGACUAAAGAAAGCAGUGGCAGUCUUCAGCAGGACAAACAAAUAAACAGUUCUGACACCCCAGCACAGCCAGCAACCACACAGCCGAGUGCAAAGCAGCGUAGGCCUACAGACAAGAAGGACCUCAGUUCAGGACAGAAACAAUCCCCCAAACCCAAGUAAGGCAGACGACCAGAGACUUUCUACCCCCAGUAAAGUACAACUGGUCCCUGCAAACCACCAGCUAGCUCCAAGACUGAAAACCAUUUAGAAUAAAACUAAAAAAAUGAGCCAUAUCCCAUUAUAAAACAUGAAGAGAGAGAAAAACAAAAACAAACCUGGCCUUUUGUGGCUGUGUUGGACAUACAUUUAUUGUUUUGUUUUUCAUUCUGUUAUUUAAUUGAGAUCUCUUAUUUAACAGUAAUGUGAAUGUAAAUACUAGGAAUGGUGCAGCCUUUUUGUGAUGGCCGGACACUAAGCAGCAAACACAGUGUCACAUAACUGUGAAAAUAGUACAAAGAGGCCGAAAACCACUGCAGCUGAUUCAGCUUCAGUUUCAGCUUCAGGACUGCCGUGUGCCAAAAGAAAGAGACUCCGUCUGAGAUAAUCUCCCACAUGGGGAGAAACUCCUGGAGAAAUUAUUUGUAUUAAUUAAAUAGCCAAUUGUUUUAGAACAUCAAACAGCUAACAUAAAGACUCAUGCAUUUCUAUAGUUGCUGCCAAAUGUGGAGCCUGAAUGAGUCUGAUGUGUAACACUGAUACUUUUAGCUUACAGCAACAACAAGGUUAGGUAAGAUUUUGAUGUUUUAUCUUGACAUCUCUCUCUUCCCUAAGUCUUCAUUUUAGUUGUUGUAAACUAGGUAUAAAUUUUUGUCUUUUUUUUUUUUUUUUAAUUUGUCACUUUUCUUUUAGGUUAGUUGCUUUAUAAAUAGGAGAGAAAACACUCGUGCAGAUUACUGGAUAUUAUUUAAAAAACAACAAACAAAAAAAAGAGUGAGCAAUAGGGAUUUUCUUUCUUUCUGUUCUGACCUCUCAAUUCCAAAACGUCCGAUAUGCAGUGACUGCACCCUCUCAGUGUCAAAACAGAAAAACUGUCACACAGGCUGGUUACGCUCCAUCUGAAUGCAGAGGAUUGGGACUGGGGGCAGCCACGGGUCUAAUCUCGUUUGGAGGCCAUUGAAAGCAGUAGGAGCUACUUUGAGGGCACUGCCAUUCAAGCACAGGUUUUUCCGCUGCAGAGAGAAUAAUCCCCAGCAUAGAUACAACAUUAAAGUAUCCAAGCAUAACACACAGAGGGUGAAUUUCAAAUCCACCCAUUUGCAUCUUGAAGUGAAUGAGUGCCAACAAUGGGGCCCCGUUUUCAUGCACAGGCUCUGUGUUUUAGUGUGUAUGUGUAAAUGUAGUUUGCACUUUUUCUUGAAUGAGUGGACUCUUUUUUUUUUUAAGUCAAAUUUUAUCCAGGCAGACAUUCUACAGUAAUCUCAGGUGAUGUUCCCUAACAUAGUGAGUAGAUAUGCAAAUGAGAUGUGAAUUAUUUUUGAUUAAAGCUGCUUGCCAAAAGGACUGGGUGAUUCCUGAAAACAUGAUUUUUGUUUACUCACUGCUUUGAACAGCAGAUGGUAGCUGGUAGUGAGUUGUUGAAUUGAUUCUGAAAUAAUUCCCUGAAGUUAAUCUGACACAGGGUGUCGUCCCUGAAGCUACCUAGUUUUGUGCAUGAAGCUCUGUAAUUAGAAUUGAUUGCUUGAGCCACUGCCCAUUAAAACUGUGACACCCAUGUGAUGUGGCACUAAUUAAUAUGUUGUAUGCUUAUAUCUGCGUGGUCCAUAGAGGAAAAAUAAAUAAAAUGUUCAGACAUACUUCCUUUUGGGUUCUGCCUUAUGAUUGUGGUGAUAAGUUGAGAAAAAGAGGACAGCAGUGGGGUGUGGAUAUUUGACGUACAGCAAGAUAUAGGAGUGCUUAUAUGUGUCUCUGGUUGGGACAAAUUCUAACAGAGUGAAACUCAUGAAGGACACAUGGAAGAGUCAUAACUAUGUUGCUAAAGUCAGAUGUUGUUAAAACACUGUCAUGGUGUUUCAAGCAAACAGCAGCCUCCAGUUUCACUCCUUUUGCCAAAACAACAGAGCACAGAGGUGGGAGAGGAGGGGAAAGAAUGAGAGGCUGUAUGGUGGAUAGGUUAGGGGCGUGAAUUUGGGACAAAGCAUGGAAGCAAAGGAAAUUAGAAAAUUCGUCGGGAUGGAACGAGGGAUGCGCCCCAUGCCCCCCCUCAUUCCCUCCAAUCCUCCCCCACCCCUUUUCCCUCCAGCAGUGCUCCCGACAGAUGGAAGUAAGAGUGGGUGGGUUGAUGGGCUGGAGGGAUUAAAACUCUGAAGCCCCAUUUUUUUGGGGGGGGAAACAGUGUCACUCCUGCAAAGGUGGGGUGCAUAAGAGGCACUUGUGGCGAGUAGUUGUGUGACGUGUGCACGCUGGCUAAUGUCAAAAGAGGCAAGGAUUCUUCAAAAACCCCUCCCCACCCCCUUCUUCAUCCACCUUUCUCCAUUGAGGAGUGUAGAGGGAGUUGCUCCAGGAGAGGAGGGGAGGGUUCAUUUCAAUAACCUUAAUAGAGCUCCCUUUAAUUAAUCAGCUCAUCUGCAGAAGCCCGAUACCUGCUGCUGACCCCCCCCACUCCCCAACACACACACACACACACAUACCCUUCCAUCCUCACCCCAACCCAACAUCCUCACAAUGCUGCUAUGACAUUGUGGUAAUGAGGGAACACAGCUACAAUGUCAUGGAAAUGUUGCAGAGACGUUAUCUGCGGGAGCUCAUCACACAUGCCGAUGUUCUCGAUCCCCUUCAGUGUUUGCGAUGUGUGCGGAGAUGCGGCUGUAUUACACCGCAGCGUACCUCCCCUCGUAAAAUAACAGAUACAUAUGGCCCGGAUGGCGGGAGGAUGCCAUGAUGCCUCUAUUUCCACAGAAGAAGAGGGGAGGGAAGUGCCGGCGUCAAGUAAACAUUUGAAACAGAUGGCAAUUUCAAAGCAUGCCUCAUCAAUCUUUGUUGACACUACCCCCUUUUUAAAACUACUCUUAUUUGGGAUAUUUGCAAUUAUAAUGCAUACUGUAAGCUCAUUUGAAUAUCAAAUUAAUUACUGAACACACUGGAGUAAAUACCUCUUUUAUAAGUCCUUGUUAAAAGUGAAAAGUUCUUCACUACGGUUGGAUGGUGUGUUAAUUUACAGUGAUAUCUAAUCCCAAGUUACUUCACAUAAAAGGCAUUACUAUACAUAUUUUAAUGGGGA